UAACGCAGCCCCGCCCCUCCAAACCCUUAUAUCACAACACAGCAGCAUGCAACAGCAGUACAGUGUGUGUGUGUAGCCGGAGCUCGAGGACACGACACAAUACAACACAAAACAAAGGAGCUGACACCAGGGAGAAGGAAAAUGUGGCUGCCUUUGAUUGGACUGACCGGCCUGCCCCACCUGGGAGGGCUCUACGGGGGCUUUAUCACACGCAAAGAGGUGAAGACCUGGUACCCAACCCUGCAGAAACCAUCAUGGCGCCCGCCCAACGCUGCAUUCCCUAUAGUCUGGACUUGUCUGUACACGAGCAUGGGAUACGGCUCCUACCUGGUGUGGAAGGAACUGGGAGGUUUCACCGAGGAUGCACUGGUUCCGCUGGGACUAUAUGGGCUACAGCUAGCUCUGAACUGGGCCUGGACUCCUAUUUUCUUUGGUGCUCACAAGAUAAAACUGGCACUCAUGGAGAUUGUGCUCCUCACUGGGACUGUCGGAGCCACCAUGGUGUCUUGGUAUCCCAUCAGCCGCACCGCCACUCUGCUCAUGGCGCCCUACCUGACCUGGCUGUUUAUCGCCACCUCUCUCAACUACUGCAUAUGGAGAGACAACCGCGAGGAAAAGAAGGAGUAGAGGUCGUCUCAUUGCACUUUGACCGGAGCACUUCAAUUCAGAAUCAAGACAUAAUUCAGUGUUUUUUAAUUAAUUUUAGAUUCACAAACUAGUCCGACUAUGUUGGAGGAACGAUGAUAUAAAAUCACCCUGUCAAAGACCGAUCAAUAUCUGUGUAUGUGAUGGCCAAUAUUCAAAAUGACGUAUCCAUGCAAGGUAUGUCAUCAGAAUUUGUCUACAUCCAUAUUGAACACAAAAAGGCAAUAUUCGACGUGCUACAUCGAGAUACAAAAGUUGUGAUUUAAAAAAAAAAAAUGAAUGUAUUGUUUUAAUGAAAACUGUCCCAUGUGCUUUACUGAUGAAGAAAUAUAUGUUUUAGUUACUGCUAUAAAUCUGCUAAAAUAAAAGAUUUACCUCCAAA